AUGGCGUGCAAAUUGAUGAGGAUGUUGAUAACAAAAAAGCCAUUUAUCGUUCUUAUAUUUCUUACACCGGUUGUAAGUUCAUCUUCAAUUGAUCCCUUGGCAAAGGGUCCUAUUGAGACCUUUGGUCGAAAACCUGCAGAAGCUUUCUCAAACAACUUCAAGUAUGAAUAUCCUUGGAGCUACGAUGGAAGUUUUCAGGAAGCUAUAAAGAAAAUUAUCAUAAUGGCUCAGUGCUUUGGAGUAUUGCCCGUAAUUGGUGUUACUUCGAAAAGUCCUAGUAAUAUGAGAUUUUCUUGGCUCAGUUUUCGGACAAUUUACAGUAUCGUCGCCUUUAUAGCCACUGGGUUCUAUACAGCGAUUGUAGUACAUUACAGUUUGAGUUCAAAAAUUGAAUUUGUGAAAGUUGUUCCAGUCAUUAACUAUACAUCGAAUUUUUAUAUACUUUAUGCCUUUAUAAAACUGGCUAAGAAAUGGCCAGCACUGAUGGAAGAGUGGAAAAAGGCAGAAAUGAGCUUUAGUCCCUCUCAAAAUAUUCAGGUGAAAAGAUAUCUGAAGAAGAAGAUAUAUAUUAUGAUAAUUGGCGUGAUGGGAUAUUGUCUAGUUGAUCAUGCUCUUUCUCUGGCCACCCUCGUGCACUACAUUAAUGUCUGUCCAAAGAAGGGUGAUCCUAUGUCAUCUCUGUUCAAACAAGAAUUCGCCCAACUCUUCUCAUACACCAAGUAUUCAUUAGAAAAGGCAAUCUGUGCUCAGGUUAUCAACUUGAUCAACGUAUUAGUGGCAAACUACAUGGAUUGCUUCGUGAUGGUAAUCAGCAUAGGGCUGUCGACUGGAUUUAAAAAGAUAAAUAACCAAUUGGUGGCCUACAAAGGUAAAGUGGUAUCAGAGGAGUUCUGGCAAAAGCAUCGAUCUGCCUAUCGACGGAUGUGUGAUCUUUGUGAGACUGUUGAUAAUCACAUAAGUCAUAUAACUCUUGUGUCUUUCUCCAAUAAUUUAUUCUACAUUUGCGUCCAACUUCUCAACAGUUUAAAUACCAAAGAUUCCAUCACUCAAAUGUUCUACUUCUGGUUCUCCUUGAUCUUCCUUCUUGUUCGCACUUUGGGCAUAUCUCUCUAUGCUGCGGAGAUAAAUGAAGAAGCCAAAGUACCUAUACAGAUAUUUCGGGUGGUUCCACGAGAAUCCUGGUGCUUAGAGGUCAAGAGAUUCUACGAGGAAGUGACCAAUGAUACCAUUGCCUUAUCUGGAAUGAAGUUUUUCUAUCUAACGAGAAGACUCGUACUUAGUGUAGCUGGAACAAUCGUCACCUAUGAGCUGGUUCUCUUGCAGUUCAAUCAGGACGAAGAAAUAAAAAAUACUGACCGCUGUCGUCCAAUUGAAAUGGCAUAGAUCACACAGAUUUAUUAACUGCUCCACGACGACUCCCAAUUAAGUGGAAUUAGAGCAUAAAGUGCUUCAGUGGAACAACAUCAUCGAACAUGUCCCGCCCACAAGUCACAAAAUUGAUCGCGAUCUUAUAAUUUUAAAUUGGAGUUGAAAUUUUCUAUGCUAAUUCACACUAGAUCGAAGAUAGGGACACACAAGAAUACGUUUUGGGAGUAAAUCAAUGAGGUUUUUCAUAGAAUUCUAAAUUAUUGAUUAAUAUUGAAUUCAUUCAUUUAUUAGACAGAUAAGAAAACCAAUUAGUUUAAAUCAAAU